AUGUGUUUUCGGCUGCUACCUCGUUCACUACAAAUUUUAACUAUAUUGCUGACUGAUUGGAGCAUUCAAAAAAUUUGUGACACUAUGGGUGCUAAAAAACACAUGGCAGUAAUGUCCAAAUCAUUAAAAGAAAAUAAAGGUGUUCUUGCAGCGCCAGAUCAAAAAAAAGGACGUCCCUUAUCAGACAAUAUCAAAUCUAAAGUAAUUGAAUUCUAUAAAAAUGAUGACGUGAGCUUAAACGUAACCGUUUAA